AUGUCAGCUGCGCCGCUCGACCUAUCACACCACUUCUCCUUUGUGAGCAAGAACCGACAUCUCAGCGAUGUCAAGGACUUCUAUAAAUACUAUUUGAUUCCAGGGAUCGCAAAUUUCGCGGGGGGCAUGCCACAUCCGUCCUACUUCCCUUAUGAUAGUCUCGAGGCCUCUGUCGCUCGGCCACAGCGCCUGCAGCCAGCUAAUAGUGGAGACGCGAGUCCAGAAAAGUUGAUUAUUCCCAAGGAUCCGCAGACUACCGACCCGAACCUGCGCAUUGACUUGAGUUCUGCGCUCCAGUAUGGCACCGCCGGCGGUUACCCAGCAUUGCUCUCGUUUCUGCGCCAGUUCACGCGGGAUCAUCUCCAUCCCAAUAUUCCGUAUGCCGGGGGCCCUGACGUGAUCAUUAGCUGUGGCAAUACCGAUGGCUUGGCGAAAACCAUUGAGCUUUUCACCAAUACCUGGAAUGCCGACCGCGAUUGGAUUCGACAAAGAGAGGGCAUGCUAUGCGAAAAGUUCACAUACAUGAAUGCGGUCCAAACCGCUCGCCCACGAGGCCUCAAUAUAGUCAGCGUAGCCAUGGACGGAGAAGGCAUGCUCGCAGCUGGCAAAGGAGGCCUAGCCGACGUGCUAGAGAACUGGGAUUUUCGACGUGGCCGACGACCCCAUCUUAUGUACACCGUGACAAUUGGCCAAAACCCGACCGGUGGCGUCUUAUCCAUUGAGCGGAAAAAGCAAAUAUACGCACUAUGCCAGAAAUACGACAUCAUCAUCAUUGAAGACGAACCCUAUUGGAAUCUGCAAUACCCUUCUGCUUACGAAAUGGAAGCGCGAUGUCGGGGCUUGGCUUGCCCACCUCCGCCAAACUUUAAUGCGAACAAGAAGUCCUCUGGCUAUUCCUUUUUGGAUUCCCUAGCGCCCUCGUAUCUGUCCAUUGACACGGAGGGGCGCGUGGUGAGACUCGAUACCUUUUCCAAAACCAUUGCACCCGGGAGCCGCUGUGGCUGGAUAACGGCGCAGCCCGCUGUGAUCGAGCGCAUCACUCGCAUCACCGAGGUGACAACGCAGCAGCCCUCUGGCUUUGUGCAAUCCGUCAUAGCAGAAACCAUUCUAGGGCAACAAGGCAGCAAGGAUGCAGUUCGGUCAUCUAAACUGCAGCCGGCUCACGCGUGGCAGCUCGAUGGCUGGGUACGAUGGCUAGAAGGUCUACGCGGCGGUUACGAGAGACGCAUGAAAUCCAUGUGCACCUUGUUAGAAGAUAACAAGUUCUUAUUCUCCGAGACUUCAGCAAACUCAAGAAACCCCCUCGAUUUUUCUGCCGAUGAAUGGGAAGUAGUCGACCGAGUCCAGAUGUUUGAUUUUGUCUGGCCUAAAGCGGGCAUGUUCACGUGGAUAGAAAUGCAUUUCGAGACGCACCCGUUGCGGUCGCAAUACAGCCAGGAGGUUCUUUCCAAGGCCCUCUGGGUUCACCUUACGAAGGCACCAGCAAAAUGUUUGGUAGGACCUGGAAGUAUGUUUGCACCCACGCCAGAGUCGGCUGUACAUGCGCAAAGAUUCCUUCGCCUGGCAUUUGCGCCGAUGGAUCCUGAAGAUGUUACAUCUUAUACCCAGAGAUUUAUUGAAGGAGUCAAGACGUUUUGGCAACGCAAAGAUCUCGAUGGUCUAGAUGAUAAGCCCAUGGCCAUGCUUUCAGUCAAGGAAAAUCCAGCUAUUAACUUCCUUGGUCUUGGCUGCUAA